AUGGCCGACGAAAAGAAGGUCGGUUUACUCCAAACCAUCUUAGGAGCUAGCACAAAAGACGGCGUUGAAACAUACCCCACUGACGAGGAAGGACAUGUUUUGCUACCAUCUUCAUUGUCUGCUCUUACAGCCGAGCAGUUGCAUGAAUAUGAUACUAAACUCUUGAGAAAGGUCGAUGGUCGGAUCUUGCCAAUCAUUUUCUUUUUAUACUUUGCCAACUUCUUGGACAGAACCAACAUAUCGCAAGCUACCAUUGCUAACUCUGAAGCUGGCCACACCAUAUUCCAAACUAUUGGCCUUACUUUGGAUCAAUACAAUUGGGCAAACACAAUCCUGUUCUUCCCAUACGUUUUAUUUGAGUACCCAUCAAAUAUCAUCCUCAAAUGGGCAACACCCAGUAAAUGGAUUGGAAGAAUCUGCAUCACCUGGGGAAUAGUCGCCAUGACCUUUGGAGCCGUCACUGACUACAAGGGUCUCUACAUCUGUCGAUUCAUGCUGGGGCUGAUGGAAGCUGGAUUAUCACCCGGCGUUACUUACUACUUGACUUUCUGGUACCGCCGAUCUGAACGUGGUGUGAGAUUGGGUGCCUUCUUCUUGGGUGGAUCGUUGUCUGGAGCUCUCGGUGGUCUUUUGGCUGCUGGUAUCUUCCAAUUGGACACCAAGGGCGGUCUUUACGGAUGGCAGUGGACCUUCAUCAUUGAAGGAAUCCCCUCAAUUAUUAUGGGAGUUGUUACUCUCUUGUUCUUACCCGACUUCCCCCGUACUACUAAAUGGCUCACGCCUGAGGAACGUCAAUACAUGGAACAUCGUCUCACUGGUGAAGCCGGUUCUGACUCUCGAGGAGAUGCCUGGGUCUGGUCUGAAUUCUACGCUUUCUUACGCAACCCACUGUCGUACACUUUCUGUGUCAUCCAAUUCUGUAACUCUGUCGCUGUAUACGGACCAUCCGCAUACUCUUCCGUCAUUCUAAACACUGCUUUCGGCCCAGCCAAGACUGGUGGUUUGGGUUUCAGUUCCACUGCUAUUGUCGCCAUGGGCGCCUGCACAAACUUCUGGGGCAUCAUCAUGUGUCUGAUUUUAGUCACUUCUGCCGAUUACCGACGUGACAGAUACUUCCACUUGUUGUUUGGAUAUGCUUGUGUCUUGGCCAGUUUCGGUCUCUUUGCAACCACAUACAAUGACAAGCCAUGGACCAAGUUCGGAGCUCUGUUCUUGGCUCAAUCUGGAUUGUCCUCUGCUACUCCGCUACUGAUGGCGUGGAGGACAGACUCGGCUUACGGCACUACAUACUCUGCAACUGUCACCGCUGUCACCCUCGCUUUCGGUAACAUUGGUGGUGCCGUCGCGCCCCAGCUCUUCUUCCCAUCCGCUGCACCAUUAUAUUUCAACACCUUCUGGAUCUUAUUCGGUUUGGUAGCUUUGUCUGUUGUCUUGGUCACAGUCAACUAUGCCAUUGAAUACUUCAUCCCUGAGACAUAUGGCCCCAAUGGUCCUUACCACUUCAAGGCCCGUCACGCUCGACGAGCUUCAUUGGCAACCGUAUAA